CGAGCGGGCGGGCGGCGCUGACUGGCCCGGCCGGUGGGGCCUGUUUUGUCCCAACUCAGGACCUGUUCCAGCAGCCUCCCUAGCCAGCUGCAUCCAGGCUUCUGGAAAUGGCUGAUAAAUCCAACAGCAAGCAGGGGUGCAUCUCCCCUUUGGAACUCUUCAAUACCAUAACCUCCCAGGGGGAGCUCGUGAAGUCCCUCAAAGCUGGAAAUGCAUCAGAGCAUGAAAUUGACUCUGCAGUAAAAAUCCUGUUAUCGUUAAAAAUGAGCUACAAAGCCGCCAUGGGGAAGGAGUACAAAGCCAACUGUCCUCCAGAGAAAAGUGAAUCUGGGGGCGAUUGUGGCCCUAAUUCCGGGGAGGAGGAUUUCGUGGACCCAUGGACAGUACAGACUAGCAGUGCAAAAGGUGUUGACUACGACAAGCUCAUUGUUCGGUUCGGAAGCAAUAAAAUUGAUAAGGAGUUGAUCAACCGGAUAGAGAGAGCCACUGGCCAGAGGCCACACCGCUUCCUGCGCAGAGGCAUCUUCUUCUCACACAGGGAUAUGAACCAGGUUCUGGAUGCUUAUGAGAAUAAGAAGCCGUUUUAUCUGUACACGGGCAGAGGCCCCUCUUCAGAAGCUAUGCACCUCGGCCACCUCAUCCCGUUCAUUUUCACAAAGUGGCUGCAGGAUGUGUUCAAUGUGCCCUUGGUCAUCCAGAUGACUGACGAUGAGAAAUACCUGUGGAAGGACCUGACGUUGGAGCAGGCACAUGGCUACGCAGUAGAGAAUGCCAAGGACAUCAUUGCCUGCGGCUUUGACAUUAACAAGACUUUCAUCUUCUCCGAUCUCGACUACAUGGGCUCCAGCCCCGGCUUCUACAGGAAUGUGGUAAAGAUCCAGAAGCACGUGACCUUCAACCAAGUGAAAGGCAUUUUUGGGUUCACCGACAGCGACAGCAUUGGGAAGAUCAGCUUUCCCGCCAUUCAGGCUGCACCAUCCUUCAGCAACUCCUUCCCACAGAUCUUUGGAGAGAGGUCCGACAUCCAGUGUCUGAUCCCCUGUGCCAUUGACCAGGACCCCUACUUCAGGAUGACAAGGGAUGUGGCCCCCAGAAUCGGCUACCCCAAACCUGCCCUGCUACACUCCACCUUCUUCCCCGCCCUGCAAGGGGCCCAGACCAAGAUGAGUGCCAGUGACCCCAACUCCUCCAUCUUCCUCAUCGACACUGCCAAGCAGAUCAAGUCCAAGGUGAACAAGCAUGCAUUCUCUGGAGGGCGGGACACCGUGGAAGAGCACAGGCAGUUUGGGGGCAACUGUGAUGUGGACGUGUCCUUCAUGUACCUGACCUUCUUCCUUGAGGACGAUGACAGGCUUGAGCAGAUCCGGAAGGACUACUCGAGCGGUGCCAUGCUGACUGGAGAGCUCAAGACAGCACUCGUGGAGGUCCUGCAGCCCCUUGUUGCUGAGCACCAGGCCCGGCGCAAGGAGGUUACAGAUGAGGUGGUGAAGGAGUUCAUGACGCCCCGGAAGCUGACCUUCGAUUUUCAGUAGGGCGGGACACUUAGCUCCCUGCCCCUCCAACUCCCCUGCGCUCUACAGUUACCCACUGACAACCAGGCCCCAUUCCCUCAGGUCAACCAGUCUCCAGGGAGCAGACUCAGGGGGCCUGUCAUGGGAUGUGGCCCUUGCAAGCUUCUUCUCUGGGAAGACUUGUGUCUGAAGGCAUCCCCCUAGCCCCAUGUACCCUUUGUGGGCAGGAGCUCUGUGGAGAGGAGUUCAUGCAUGUAAGGGCCCUGCACCGAGGACAGCCUGCCUGAUCUGUAGCCAGAUAAAGUGGACUGGAGCCCUCAUCCCCUCGCCUUGGGCUGCCACACCCUCUUUCCCACACUGGAGACUUUGCCUCCACCCGCACCCUGCAGGUGGACACCCUGCACAGCCUUUUGGCAGUGUGCAGAACAGGCCCAGCCCUGGCUGAGUGUCAGGGAGCCAUGUGCAGUGUGCAGCCCCUUUAGUGCAGCCCUCACUGUGGCUGAAGGCACAAGCUUAUCCCCAGUGCUCUGUCCUGUCUCUCUCUUGGCCUCAAUAAACUACUUUGGCUCAG